AUGCAAAAUGCACGCGCAACCAUUCUCCUCUUCUCUCUCUCUCCCCUUUCUCCCUUCUUCCCCUUCUUGUCCCCCUUCUUCCCCUUCUUGUCCCCCUUCUUCCCCUUCUUGUCCCCCUUCUUCCCCUUCUUGUCCCCCUUCUUCCCCUUCUUGUCCCCUUCUUCCCCUUCUUGUCCCCCUUCUUCCCCUUCUUGUCCCCCUUCUUUCCCCUUCUUUCUCGUCCCCCUUCUUCCCCUUCUCGUCCCCCUUCUUCCCCUUCUCGUCCCCCUUCUUCCCUUCUCUCUCCGGUCCCCUUCUCCCCUUCUUGUCCCCUUCUUCCCCUUCUUGUCCCCCUUCUUCCCCUUCUUGUCCCCCUUCUUCCCCUUCUUGUCCCCCUUCUUCUUCCCCUUCUUGUCCCCCUUCUUCCCUUUCUUGUCCCCCCUUCUUCCCCUUCUUCCCCCUCUUCCCCCUUCUUUCCCCUUCUUGUUCCCCUUCUUUCUUCCCCUCUUGUCCCCUUCUUCCCCUUCUUGUCCCCCUUCUUCCCCUUCUUGUCCCCUUCUUCCCCUUCUUGUCCCCCUUCUUCUUCUUCCCCUUCUUGUCCCCCUUCUUUGUCCCCCUUCUUUUGUCCCCUUCUUCCCCUUCUUGUCCCCCUUCUUCCCCUUCUUGUCCCCCUUCUUCCCCUUCUUGUCCCCCUUCUUCCCCUUCUUGUCCCCCUUCUUCCCCUUCUUGUCCCCCUCUUUUCCCCUUCUUGUCCCCCUUCUUCCCCUUCUUGUCCCCCUUCUUCCCCUUCUUGUCCCCUUCUUCCCCUUCUUGUCCCCCUUCUUCCCCUUCUUGUCCCCCUUCUUCCCCUUCUUGUCCCCCUUCUUCCCCUUCUUGUCCCCCGUCUUCUUCCCCUUCUUGUCCCCCUUCUUUCUUCUUGUCCCUUCUUGUCCCCCUCUUUUCUUCCUUCUUCCCCUUCUUGUCCCCCUUCUUCCCCUUCUUGUCCCCCUUCUUCCCCUUCUUGUCCCCUUCUUUCUUCCCCUUCUUGUCCCCCUUCUUCCCUUCUUGUCCCCCUUCUCCCCUUCUUGUCCCCUUCUUCCCCUUCUUGUCCCCCUUCUUCCCCUUCUUGUCCCCCUUCUUCUCCCCUUCUUGUCCCCCUUCUUCCCCUUCUUGUCCCCCUUCUUCCCCUUCUUGUCCCCCUUCUUCCCCUUCUUGUCCCCCUUCUUUUCUUCCCCUUCUUGUCCCCCUUCUUCCCCUUCUUGUCCCCUUCUUCCCCUUCUUGUCCCCCUUCUUCCCCUUCUUGUCCCCCUUCUUCCCCUUCUUGUCCCCCUCUUUUCCCUUCUUGUCCCCCUUCUUCUUCUUCCCCUUCUUGUCCCCCUUCUUCCCCUUCUUGUCCCCCUUCUUCCCCUUCUUGUCCCCCUUCUUCCCCUUCUUGUCCCCCUUCUUCCCUUCUUGUCCCCUUCUUCUUCCCCUUCUUGUCCCCCUUCUUCCCCUUCUUGUCCCCCUUCUUCCCCUUCUUGUCCCCCUUCUUCUUCCCCUUCUUGUCCCCCUUCUUCCCCUUCUCUUCUUCCCCUUCUUGUCCCCCUUCUUCCCCUUCUUGUCCCCCUUCUUUUUCCCUUCUUGUCCCCCUUCCUUCUUCCCCUUCUUGUCCCCCUUCUUCCCCUUCUUGUCCCCCUUCUUCUUCCCCUUCUUGUCCCCCUUCUUCCCUCUUUCCCCUUCUUGUCCCCCUUCUUCCCCUUCUUGUCCCCCUUCUUCCCUUCUUGUCCCCCUUCUUCCCCUUCUUGUCCCCCUUCUUCCCCUUCUUGUCCCCCUUCUUCCCCUUCUUGUCCCCCUUCUUCCCCUUCUUGUCCCCCUUCUUCCCCUUCUUGUCCCCCUUCUUCCCCUUCUUGUCCCCCUUCUUUUUCUUCGUCCCUUCUUGUCCCCCUUCUUCCCCUCUUGUCCCCCUUCUUCCCCUUCUUGUCCCCCUUCUUCCCCUUCUUGUCCCCCUUCUUCUUCCCUUCUUGUCCCCCUUCUUUUCUUCUUGUUCUUCUUUUUCCCCUUCUUGUCCCCCUUCUUCCCCUUCUUGUCCCCCUUCUUCCCCUUCUUGGCCCCCUUCUUCCCCUUCUUGUCCCCCUUCUUGUUCCCCUUCUUGUCCCCCUUCUUCGUCCCUUCUUGUCCCCCUUCUUCCCCUUCUUGUCCCCCUUCUUCCCCUUCUUGUCCCCCUUCUUCCCCUUCUUGUCCCCCUUCUUCCUCCCCUUCUUGUCCCCCUUCUUCCCCUUCUUGUCCCCCUUCUUCCCCUUCUUGUCCCCCUUCUUCCCUUCUUGUCCCCCUUCUUUCUUCCCCUUCUUGUCCCCCUUCUUCCCCCUUGUCCCCCUUCUUUCCCCUUCUUGUCCCCCUUCUUCCCCUUCUUGUCCCCCUUCUCCCCUUCUUGUCCCCCUUCUUCCCCUUCUUGUCCCCCUUCUUCCCCUUCUUGUCCCCCUUCUUCCCCUUCUUGUCCCCCUUCUUUUUCCCCUUCUUGUCCCCCUUCUUCCCCCUUCUUGUCCCCCUUCUUCCCCUUCUUGUCCCCCUUCUUCCCCUUCUUGUCCCCCUUCUUCCCCCUUCUUGUCCCCCUUCUUCCCCUUCUUGUCCCCCUUCUUCCCCUUCUUGUCCCCCUUCUUCCCUUCUUGUCCCCCUUCUUCCCCUUCUUGUCCCCCUUCUUCCCCUUCUUGUCCCCCUUCUUCGUCCCCUUUGUCCCCUUCUUCUUCCCUUCUUGUCCCCCUUCUUCCCCUUCUUGUCCCCCUUCUCCCCUUCUUGUCCCCCUUCUUCCCCCCUGCUACACACGCUCCUCCUCGCUCACCCUUCUCCCUUUCUCUCCACCCUUCCUCCCCUUCCCCACUUCCCUUCAUCUUCCCCUCUCCCCCACCUUCCCUCCCCUUCCGCUCUUCCCCACCUUCCCCCCUUCCCCACAGCGCGGCUGUCUUCCACCGAGCAGUAAUCAUGCCCAACCUGCGCCCACCGGUCACCACCGCACUGGCAGCAGCAGAGUACCGCGAGCGGGUGCUGGCAGCAGUGCCGGAGGGGAGGCGCGGGGAGGAGGGCUUUAAUCCGCUCAUGACACUCUAUCUCACAGAUGACACCACACCGGAAGAAGUGCAGAAAGCAAAGGACGGAGGUCUAGUGGUGGCAUUCAAGCUCUACCCCGCGGGAGCAACGACCAACUCAGCAGCGGGAGUGACGGACCUCUUUGGGCGCUGCUUUCCUGCAAUAGAGCACAUGGCGCAUGUUGGCAUGCCGCUGCUGCUCCACGGGGAGGUGGUGGACCCAUCAGUUGACAUGUUCGACCGCGAGAAGGAGUUCAUUCACCGGGUUCUCUCGCCUCUCCUAGCCCGCCUGCCCACCCUGCGAGUGGUUCUCGAGCAUGUCACCACCGCAGAUGCGGUCGAGUUUGUGUUGAAAGCACCUGAGGGGCGGGUGGCUGCUACAGUGACGCCACAGCACCUGCUGUGGAACCGUAACGCGCUGUUCACGGGGGGCAUUCGCCCGCACCACUUCUGCCUGCCCGUGUUGAAGAGAGAAACCCACCGCCAAGCCAUUGUCGCAGCAGUGACGGGCGGCAGCACUCGUUUCUUCCUCGGCACGGACAGCGCACCUCACGAACGCACCACUAAGGAGGCGCCAUGUGGCUGCGCCGGGAUCUUCUCUGCGCACGCCGCCCUGCCGCUAUACGCCCGAGCGAGCACUGGACAAGCUAGAGGCAUUCACGAGCUUCAGCGGACCGCGCUUCUACGGCCUGCCUCGCGACUUCACCCCCUCACCCUUCCCUCCCUCACCCUUCCCUCCCUCACCCUUCCCUCCCUCACCCUUCCCUCCCUCACCCUUCCCUCCCUCACCCUUCCCUCCCUCACCCUUCCCUCCCUUCCCCGUUAUCUCUAUCCCUCGACUCCUAUCCAGGCGGGAGCACUGGACAAGCUAGAGGCGUUCACCAGCUUCAACGGGCCGGACUUCUAUGGCCUGCCCCGCAAUUCUCGCCGCAUCACUCUCUUUCGCCAGCCAUGGACCGUGCCCGACUCGUACCCGUACAGCGAUGGCGGAUCCCUCGUGCCCAUGCUGGCAGGCGAGCAGCUGGAGUGGCAGGUGUUUCCUUUGGAUCACUGA